AUGCAGAUUUUCGUGAAGACGCUCACGGGCAAGACCAUCACGCUCGAGGUCGAGUCUUCUGACACUAUCGACAAUGUCAAGGCCAAGAUCCAGGACAAGGAAGGAAUUCCGCCUGACCAGCAACGCUUGAUUUUUGCGGGCAAGCAGCUCGAGGACGGGCGCACUCUGUCCGACUACAACAUUCAGAAGGAGUCGACGCUCCAUCUCGUCCUCCGCCUGCGUGGCGGUAUGCAGAUCUUCGUAAAGACCCUCACGGGAAAGACGAUCACGCUCGAGGUCGAGUCGUCUGACACGAUCGAUAAUGUGAAGGCGAAGAUCCAGGAUAAGGAGGGCAUUCCUCCCGACCAGCAGCGCCUCAUCUUCGCGGGCAAGCAGCUCGAGGAUGGGCGCACGCUCUCCGACUAUAACAUCCAGAAGGAGUCCACCCUCCACCUUGUCCUUCGCCUGCGUGGCGGUAUGCAAAUCUUCGUCAAGACGUUGACAGGCAAGACCAUCACGCUUGAGGUCGAGUCUUCCGAUACCAUCGAUAACGUGAAGGCCAAGAUCCAAGACAAGGAGGGCAUUCCUCCCGACCAGCAGCGUCUCAUCUUUGCCGGGAAGCAGCUCGAGGACGGGCGCACCCUGUCCGACUACAACAUUCAGAAGGAAUCCACUCUUCACCUCGUCCUUCGCCUGCGUGGUGGUAUGCAGAUUUUCGUCAAGACGCUGACGGGGAAGACGAUCACGUUGGAGGUUGAGUCGUCGGAUACGAUCGACAAUGUGAAGGCGAAGAUCCAGGAUAAGGAGGGGAUCCCGCCUGAUCAGCAGCGGUUGAUUUUUGCCGGGAAGCAGUUGGAGGAUGGCCGGACGUUGUCCGACUACAACAUUCAGAAGGAGUCUACCCUUCAUCUUGUCCUCCGUCUGCGUGGAGGCAUGCAGAUCUUCGUCAAGACGUUGACGGGGAAGACGAUUACCCUCGAGGUUGAGUCCUCCGAUACCAUCGACAACGUGAAGGCCAAGAUCCAAGACAAGGAGGGCAUCCCUCCUGAUCAGCAGCGUCUCAUCUUUGCCGGCAAGCAACUCGAGGACGGCCGGACGUUGUCCGACUACAACAUCCAGAAGGAGUCGACGCUGCACUUGGUCCUUCGUCUCCGCGGAGGCAUGCAGAUUUUCGUGAAGACGUUGACGGGCAAGACCAUCACGUUGGAAGUGGAGUCUUCGGAUACGAUUGACAAUGUCAAGGCGAAGAUCCAGGACAAGGAAGGGAUACCUCCCGACCAGCAGCGCUUGAUUUUCGCUGGCAAACAGUUGGAGGAUGGGCGUACUCUUUCGGAUUACAACAUCCAGAAGGAGUCUACUCUUCAUCUGGUCCUUCGUCUGCGUGGCGGCAACUGA